AUGACUUCCACGACACCAACUAAAACCCCCUUCCGCGUGGGUGUCCUUCUGCUACCAUCGGUCCAACUCCUCGAUGCUUCAGCCAUUGAUCUCUUCGGCAUGAUCACCCCCGAAUACCUCCAGGCAUGCGGUCUCCCCAGCGCACUCGUCGACAUGGGCGUUCCGGUGGAGAUCCAUUACAUCAGUGCGACAGGGCCAGGCACUUACAUGGCCUUGACGGCCUCGGCCACGCUUCCCGUGACGGAUUCUCUGUCGUCGCCAGCUGUGCAGCCGGGCCAACUCGAAGCUCUCCUCAUCCCGGGUCCAGACCCACGCACCGUUCCUAGUGAAGAUGUCUUGGCCUUCCUCCGCGCGCACAAAGCAGCCGACAAGACCGACAUCUUGGUCAUCUGCACGGGGAGUUUUCCAGCCGGGUUCGCAGGGCUUUUGGACGGCAAGACCGUCACUGGACCGAGAGCUCUAUUGGGGAAGCUGAAGGAGGUAUUCCCUGCGGGGAACUUUGUGGCGCGGAGAUGGGAGAGAGAUGGAAGGAUUUGGUCUUCCGGGGCUAUCACAAAUGGUCUUGAUCUCACUGCGGCCUAUCUGCACGACAAGUUCCAGAAGGAGCUUGCAGAUCUUGUCUGCGGCAUGGCCGAAGUAGGCGACCGCGGUCAAGAUUACUGA